GUUUUAUAUUGUUUAGCAGCCAACUACAUGCGGAUAUGGCAAAACUGCCAGCGAGGAAUUUUUGCAAUGCUCUCAUAGUGUUGACUCUGUUUCUGUGGAUUAUUAUAGCUAUGACUGGUAUUCUGCCGCAUAGAAUCAAUUAUUUUGGACGCCGAAGUUUCUCAUGUAAUUUUCCGGUAAAACCGGAACACAUGAAUGCGGUUCCUUUGCAGAGAAUCCACGCCAUCACGUCAACUUACGCGAGGCUUACACAAAAAGCUGAUCUUACAAGGUUGAUCCAAACUUUGAUGCAUCUCUCUAACUUUCAUUGGAUUCUAAUCGAGGAUUCUGAAGAAAAAACUCCGCUGGUUACGAAGCUCUUGCAGCGAUCAGGACUGAACUAUACGCAUCUAAAUAAGAAAAAUGGUGAACAAGUAGGCGGCGUGAAGGACCUUCUGACAAGAAACGCAGCUUUGGCUUGGGUUAGAGAAAAUCUUGGACCGGAUGACGGUAUAGUUUAUUUUAUGGAUGAUGACAACACUUAUGACCUUAGAGUUUUCGAAGAUAUGAGAUCAACUAAAGUAGCUUCUAUAUGGCCGGUAGCGUUGGUCGGUGGCUUAAAAGUCGAAGGGCCGGUUCGGUGUAAAAACGGCCAAGCUUUAACAUGGAGGGCAAUGUGGAAACCAAAUCGAACAAUCCCCGUUGAUAUGGCGGGCUUCGCUAUCAGCACUGCUCUCUUGCGCCAGCGUCCGGACGUGAACUUUGUUGGCGUCGGCGACCUGGAAUCUAAGUUUCUUGGCGAUCUUGGUUUAACAAGAAAUCAAAUGGAAGCAAAGGGAAACAACUGCACAGAAGUUUAUGUAUGGCACACACAAACGAUGAAAGCAAGCGCCCCACACGAAGAAAAAGCCGCUGAACUGGGAGAAGAGUACAACCCAAGUUUCGAAACAUAGAUUGUUGUGAUCGUGAACUUUGUACUUAUAGGCUUUCCUUUGUAGUUUUCACACAUAUUAUAUCAUGUAAUGAUAAGAAUGUAAACACAUCAAUGCAACUUAUAGUCCUCGCAUAGCGGGGCAACGGCAGUCGUUAGAACACUUAAUUAUACGAGUUCAAUAUCACACGCUUUGUUUACCAUUUACCACAUAUAAUGUAACUCUGUGAGUGAUUGUUUUUUAUAUAUGGCUUUUUCAACAAUACAUAAGUGACCACUCUAUUAGAGACAUCAUUUGAUUUUCCCCAUACACCCACAAUGGUGGCAAUAUUGAUCCUUUGGUUGUCUUACUUUAUCCUCCACAUCUAAAAACUGCUUUAAAAUGAACUUAAAUUUUAUUAUCCAUUGCCUAUAUCUUCAAUUGUUAGUUUAUCCAUUGCCUAUAUCUUUAAUUUUUAACAUAGGGCCAGCUCUGGUCGAUGUCCCAGACCUCACAGAGUUCUCUUUGUAUUUCACUUCUCUCAUUAAACCUGCACUUGUGAAUUGUAUUAAUCAACAAUGCUUUUUAAUAUUAUACUGCGGCAUUUAUUUUUAGUAAUUCACCCAUAUUUCAACCAUUGUGUUUUGUAUCGUUGCGGUAAUAUGUAGCAGCAUUCACCUACUAACUUGUUAUACCUUAAUCAAUG